CCACCCCCAGUGACUCAAGAGGGGAAUUCUUCUCGUCUUCAUAUUCUGGCGAGGGAGUUGUUAUCUGAUGAUGAUCCUGAGAAGAUUGUCAUCUGUAUAGAAGUCCGCUCCUUCUUCUCUUUCAUGAAUGCUAUGAUUGGCAAGCUUUUCCAUGGUGGACUUUCUCUUCGCCAAUUCAAGCCUUUCCUUGAUUCUAAAGUCAAUUUGAUAAGGGAAGCGGGACAUCCAGAUUUGGCACAGGCUAUAGUUGAUGACCUUGAUUGCCUAGAGCAUGAGCUUCAGAUGUUUCGUGAGCUCCGAGAUGCAGGUGCCUCCUCAUUUAUUGCUGCCGAGCUGGACACCCGCUUACAGUCGUCACGCGAGACUCGGAUUUUUGCUGAGCUCGAGAUUCAGAUGCAGCGGGGCCGAGUAGAUCGAGUUAAGACGAGCCUUGCUACUAGAUUAUCUUCGCUUGCCGACCUUGAUCUUUCUAUUACCUCUUGUGCGACCGAGAUAGACCAGCUCAGAAGAACACUCCGUGAAAAAGAGGAGAAUUUGGAUAUUCUUCAGAUGACGAAAGCACAGGAUCAGCAAACCCACACUGCUUUAUCUGAUGAGUUGAGAUCCCUGGAGCAGAAGCUAGCCGAGACAGAAGAGAUCGCUGCGAGGACUUCAGCCGCCACCGAGGAGCCCUCUCUAGAUGAAGAUGAUACACAUCUGGUCACUCUCACUGACUUAGAAGAGGAGAGGACUGCUUUUGUCGCUGACCAAGAAGCAAAUCCCAGAUUAGGCACUAGGUCGGGGAAGACAUACUUGAAGAAGUAUGAUCAAACUGCUCAAGAAGCAUGA